UCGCGAAUGUCAUCGAUCAAAGAAAAAUUCGCAAUGUCUCUGGGCUCGAAACUCUAUCUUCACGCCGACACACAGAGGAGCCACGUUAACAAAACGCUGCUGUUGUCCCUGAAGCAGGAUCUGCUGUCGUUGAAUAGCAGCAUCGAGCGCUUGACGAGGGAAAAGGACGUUUUCUCCUGGUUGUUUCCCACCAGGGAGCACCGGUUCGUUAACAAGUUCAUCAAAGACAAGAGGAUCAUCGAAAAGCAAGACGUUAAAUUGAUUUUAGAGUUAAUUAUAGAUAGAUUAUAUGUUGGUAUAAAGUUAAUUCAGACGGUAAUUCAAGAUAAAAUCAAAACUGGUGAUAGUGAAUAUAGCUUAAUUCUUCAGCCGCAGCAAAUGACUAUUGGGUGUAGCUUCGAAAAUUUGAGGAAAACUGUCGAAUCGCUUUUUGAACAAAUGAGCGACGUAAACGCAUUAAUGGGAACAUCCGACGCGAACGCGACCAAAAAAAGCGCCAAAAUCCAAACCGAAGUCACAUCGUUGAGCAAAUGCGACAGCUGCGUUUCGGCCCUAUCCUGCAUGAAGAACUUGUUGAAUUUAUUCGAAAUCCACAAAAACGACAUCUACCAAAAUGAUCAAGCCCAGUUCGAUAUUUACGGUCUCACCCAAUUCGGCUGCAUGAUGCAAACCACUGCAACCAUCGAGACCAACCUGCAGGCGCUCCUGGCGAAGCUGAUCGAUAAGCAGAAGGAAAACGAGAAGCUCCGCCACAAGAUCAAAACGCUGAACAAAGACAUCACCAUCAAAACCGGCAAGAUCAUCUCGCUCGAGCAGGAAUGCGCUGCAUCGACCAAAAAAGAUAAGAGAAAUUCCUCCGAGAUAGCCGACCUGAAGACCCAAAUCGACACCCUAAACUCGUACAUCACCAAGGACGAGACCGAAAUCAACUACCUGAACACUUGCAUCAAGUCCUUGAAGUCGGUGGUGUCGAUGCACGAGGCGGACAUGCAGCGUUUGCGGGCGCUGAACGCCAAUCUGACGGACAAGGUGGAGAGAAUGGCGGCGAUGGCGGAGCAAUACGUGCGCGCGUUGGGCGCUCUGGAGCGCAAGCUGGGGAGCUUGGACAAGGAGCACCGCGGCUUCGCCAAGGAGUUGAAGUUGGUGAGCGCCUGCAUCGACGGGUUGGACGAGACGCUGGGCGCCGUAGGGGAGCACCUGCAGGUGCUGGAGCGCAAGAUGAUCGUGUUGCGGCACAAUUCCACGGGCAGCGCGGCCAAAAUGGCGAGCGAUUUCAAGGGGUUUCAAGAAAAAAUCCAACAGUUGGCGAUUCAAACGCAACUGAGCACGAUAAAAGCGCCCGAAGAGGCGCCCAAACGGCAAAUCAAAGGCAAUCCGAUCGAGGACUUAUCAAGGCAGAUCGAGGAGAACAAAGAAAAAAUCGUAAAUCUACAAAACGAAAACGCCAAAUUAGAAAUAAUCAUUUCCAAAGUAAAGUUAGUUUGGAAUAGGUAA